AUGACAGGAGCCAGGGAGCCGAGGAGGGAGGAGCCGCCGCCGCCGCCGAGCGCUCGGCUGAGGAGCAGUGAGAGCGGGCGGAGUGCCGGCGGCUGCGAGCGCGCUGAGCGGGGGAGAGGCGCUGCCGCACGGCCGGCCACAGGACCACCUCCCCGGAGAAUAGGGCCUCUUUAUGGCAUGUGGCUGGUAACUUUCCUCCUGCUCCUGGACUCUUUACACAAAGCCCGCCCUGAAGAUGUCGGCACCAGCCUCUACUUUGUAAAUGACUCCUUGCAGCAGGUGACCUUUUCCAGCUCCGUGGGGGUGGUGGUGCCCUGCCCAGCCGCAGGCUCCCCCAGCGCGGCCCUUCGAUGGUACCUGGCCACGGGGGACGACAUCUACGACGUGCCGCACAUCCGGCACGUGCACGCCAACGGGACGCUGCAGCUCUACCCCUUCUCCCCCUCCGCCUUCAAUAGCUUUAUCCAUGACAAUGACUACUUCUGCACCGCGGAGAAUGCUGCCGGCAAGAUCCGGAGCCCCAACAUCCGCGUCAAAGCAGUUUUCAGGGAACCCUACACCGUCCGGGUGGAGGAUCAAAGGUCAAUGCGUGGAAACGUGGCCGUCUUCAAGUGCCUCAUCCCCUCUUCAGUGCAGGAAUAUGUUAGCGUCGUGUCUUGGGAGAAGGACACAGUCUCCAUCAUCCCAGAAAACAGGUUUUUUAUUACUUACCACGGCGGGCUAUACAUCUCUGACGUGCAGAAGGAGGACGCCCUCUCCACCUACCGCUGCAUCACCAAGCACAAGUAUAGCGGGGAGACCCGGCAAAGCAAUGGGGCCCGACUUUCUGUGACAGACCCUGCUGAGUCGAUCCCCACCAUCCUGGAUGGCUUCCACUCCCAGGAAGUAUGGACCGGCCACACCAUGGAGCUGCCCUGCACUGCCUCCGGCUACCCUCUCCCUGCCAUCCGCUGGCUCAAGGAUGGCCGGCCCCUCCCUGCCGACAGCCGCUGGACCAAGCGCAUCACAGGGCUGACCAUCAGUGACCUACGGACCGAGGACAGCGGCACCUACAUUUGUGAAGUCACCAACACCUUCGGCUCAGCGGAGGCCACAGGCACCCUCACGGUCAUUGACCCCCUUCAUGUGACCCUGACACCAAAGAAGCUGAAGACCGGCAUUGGCAGCACGGUCAUCCUCUCCUGUGCCCUGAUGGGCUCCCCUGAGUUUACCAUCCGCUGGUACCGCAACACCGAGCUGGUGCUGACCGACGAGGCCAUCUCCAUCCGCGGGCUCAGCAACGAGACCCUGCUCAUCACCUCGGCCCAGAAGAGCCACUCGGGGGCUUACCAGUGCUUCGCCACCCGCAAGGCCCAGACCGCCCAGGACUUUGCCAUCAUUGUGCUUGAGGACGGCACGCCCCGCAUCGUCUCCUCCUUCAGCGAGAAGGUGGUCAACCCCGGGGAGCAGUUCUCACUGAUGUGUGCGGCCAAGGGUGCCCCGCCCCCCACUGUCACCUGGGCCCUGGACGAUGAGCCCAUCGUGCGGGAUGGAAGCCACCGCACCAACCAGUACACCAUGUCUGACGGCACCACCAUCAGCCACAUGAAUGUCACAGGCCCCCAGAUCCGCGACGGGGGCGUGUACCGGUGCACAGCGCGGAACUCGGUGGGCAGUGCUGAAUAUCAGGCGCGAAUAAACGUAAGAGGCCCCCCCAGCAUCCGCGCCAUGAGGAACAUCACAGCUGUCGCCGGGCGGGACACCCUUAUUAACUGCAGGGUCAUCGGCUACCCCUACUACUCCAUCAAGUGGUACAAGGAUGCCCUGCUGCUGCCCGACAACCACCGCCAGGUGGUGUUUGAAAAUGGGACUCUCAAGCUGACCGACGUGCAGAAGGGCAUGGAUGAGGGGGAGUACCUAUGCAGUGUCCUCAUCCAGCCCCAGCUCUCCAUUAGCCAGAGUGUCCACGUAGCUGUCAAAGUGCCCCCUCUGAUCCAGCCCUUCGAGUUCCCACCAGCCUCCAUCGGCCAGCUGCUGUACAUCCCCUGUGUGGUGUCCUCGGGGGACAUGCCCAUCCGCAUCACCUGGAGGAAGGACGGACAGGUGAUCAUCUCAGGCUCGGGUGUGACCAUCGAGAGCAAGGAGUUCAUGAGCUCCCUGCAGAUUUCCAGCGUCUCCCUCAAGCACAACGGCAACUACACGUGCAUUGCCAGCAACGCAGCGGCCACCGUGAGCCGGGAGCGCCAGCUCAUCGUGCGUGUGCCCCCUCGAUUCGUGGUGCAGCCCAACAACCAAGAUGGCAUCUAUGGCAAAGCCGGUGUGCUCAACUGCUCGGUGGAUGGCUACCCCCCGCCCAAGGUCAUGUGGAAACAUGCCAAGGGAAGCGGGAACCCCCAGCAGUACCACCCGGUGCCCCUCACCGGCCGCAUCCAGAUCCUGCCCAACAGCUCACUGCUGAUCCGCCACGUCCUAGAAGAGGACAUCGGCUACUACCUCUGCCAGGCCAGCAACGGCGUGGGCACCGACAUCAGCAAGUCCAUGUUCCUCACUGUCAAGAUACCGGCCAUGAUCACCUCCCACCCCAACACCACCAUCGCCAUCAAAGGCCACCCGAAGGAGCUCAACUGCACAGCACGGGGUGAGCGACCCAUUAUUAUCCGCUGGGAGAAGGGAGACACGGUCAUCGACCCCGACCGCGUGAUGCGAUACGCCAUCGCCACCAAGGACAACGGCGACGAGGUGGUCUCCACACUAAAGCUCAAGCCCGCUGACCGUGGGGACUCUGUGUUCUUCAGCUGCCACGCCAUCAACUCAUAUGGGGAAGACCGGGGCUUGAUCCAACUCACUGUGCAAGAGCCCCCUGAUCCCCCAGAGCUGGAGAUCCGGGAGGUAAAGUCCCGGAGCAUGAACCUGCGCUGGACCCAGCGAUUCGAUGGGAACAGCAUCAUCACAGGCUUCGACAUUGAAUACAAGAACAAGUCAGCUCCUGAUGGGCCCCCCAUGGAUGUCACUUUGCAGCCAGUGACCUCACAGAGCAUCCAAGUGACCUGGAAGGCACCCAAGAAGGAGCUGCAGAAUGGCGUCAUCCGGGGCUACCAGAUUGGCUACAGAGAGAACAGUCCUGGCAGCAAUGGGCAGUACAGCAUCGUGGAGAUGAAGGCUACUGGGGACAGUGAGGUCUAUACCCUGGACAACCUCAAGAAGUUCGCCCAAUACGGGGUGGUGGUCCAGGCCUUCAACCGGGCUGGCACGGGGCCCUCGUCCAGCGAGAUCAAUGCCACCACCUUGGAGGAUGUGCCCAGCCAGCCCCCUGAGAAUGUCCGGGCCCUGUCCAUCACUUCUGAUGUGGCCGUCAUCUCCUGGUCGGAGCCCCCACGCAGCACUCUCAAUGGCGUCCUCAAAGGCUACAGGGUCAUCUUCUGGUCACUCUACAUUGAUGGGGAAUGGGGUGAGAUGCAGAACAUCACCACCACGCGGGAGCGGGUGGAGCUGCGCGGCAUGGAGAAAUUCACUAACUACAGCGUGCAGGUGCUGGCCUACACCCAGGCCGGGGAUGGAGUACGCAGCAGCGUGCUCUACAUCCAGACCAAGGAGGACGUUCCAGGUCCUCCCGCUGGCAUCAAAGCUGUCCCUUCAUCUGCCAGCAGUGUGGUCGUGUCUUGGCUCCCCCCAACCAAGCCCAACGGGGUGAUCCGCAAGUACACCAUCUUCUGCUCCAGUCCCGGGUCUGGCCAGCCGGCUCCCAGCGAGUAUGAGACGAGUCCAGAGCAGCUCUUCUACCGGAUCGCCCACCUGAACCGUGGUCAGCAGUACCUGCUAUGGGUAGCUGCCGUCACCUCUGCUGGCCGGGGCAACAGCAGCGAGAAGGUCACCAUCGAGCCUGCUGGCAAGGCCCCAGCAAAGAUCAUCUCAUUUGGGGGUACAGUGACGACACCCUGGAUGAAAGAUGUCCGGCUGCCUUGCAAUUCAGUGGGAGAUCCAGCCCCUGCUGUGAAGUGGACCAAGGACAGUGAAGACUCGGCCAUCCCCGUGUCCAUGGACGGGCACCGGCUCAUCCAUACCAAUGGCACAUUGCUGCUGCGUGCUGUGAAGGCUGAGGACUCAGGUUACUACACCUGCACAGCUACCAACACUGGGGGCUUUGACACCAUCAUUGUCAACCUUCUUGUGCAAGUUCCCCCGGAUCAGCCCCGCCUCACUGUCUCCAAAACCUCUGCUUCGUCCAUCACUCUGACCUGGAUUCCAGGUGACAAUGGGGGCAGCUCCAUUCGAGGGUUUGUGCUGCAGUACUCUGUGGACAACAGUGAGGAAUGGAAGGACGUGUUCAUCAGUUCAAGUGAGCGAGCCUUCAAGCUGGACAGCCUCAAGUGUGGCACGUGGUACAAGGUGAAGCUGGCGGCCAAGAACAGUGUGGGCUCCGGGCGCAUCAGCGAGAUCAUCGAGGCCAAGACCCAUGGGCGGGAGCCCUCCUUCAGCAAAGACCAGCACCUCUUCACCCACAUCAACUCCACGCAUGCUCGGCUUAACCUGCAGGGCUGGAACAACGGGGGCUGUCCUAUCACAGCCAUUGGCCUGGAGUACCGGCCCAAGGGCACCUGGGCCUGGCAGGGCCUGCGAGCCAACACCUCCGGGGAGGUGUUUCUGACCGAACUGCGAGAGGCCACGUGGUACGAGCUGCGCAUGAGGGCUUGCAACAGCGCUGGCUGCGGCAACGAGACGGCCCAGUUCGCCACCCUGGACUAUGAUGGCAGUACCAUCCCUCCCAUCAAGUCUGCUCAAGGUGAGGGCGAUGACGUGAAGAAGCUGUUCACCAUCGGCUGCCCGGUCAUCCUGGCCACACUGGGGGUGGCCCUGCUCUUCAUUGUACGCAAAAAGAGGAAGGAGAAGAGGCUGAAGCGGCUCAGAGAUGCAAAGAGUUUGGCAGAAAUGUUGAUAAGCAAGAACAACCGAAGCUUUGACACCCCUGUAAAGGGGCCACCCCAGGGCCCACGGCUACACAUCGACAUCCCCAGGGUCCAGCUGCUCAUCGAGGACAAAGAGGGCAUCAAGCAGCUAGGAGAUGACAAGGCCACCAUCCCCGUGGCAGAUGCUGAGUUCAGUCAAGCUGUCAACCCACAGAGCUUCUGUACCGGUGUCUCCUUGCACCACCCAGCUCUCAUCCAGAGCACAGGACCCCUCAUCGAUAUGUCUGACAUCCGGCCAGGCACCAAUCCAGUGUCCAGGAAGAAUGUAAAGUCAGCCCACAGUACCCGGAACCGGUACUCAAGCCAGUGGACUCUGACCAAGUGCCAGGCCUCCACACCAGCCCGCACCCUCACCUCCGAUUGGCGUACCGUGGGCUCCCAGCAUGGGGUCACUGUCACAGAGAGUGACAGCUACAGUGCAAGUCUCUCCCAGGACACAGACAAAGGACGGAACAGCAUGGUGUCCACUGAGAGUGCCUCUUCCACCUACGAGGAGCUGGCCCGGGCCUAUGAGCAUGCCAAGCUGGAGGAGCAGCUGCAGCAUGCCAAGUUUGAGAUCACCGAGUGCUUCAUCUCUGACAGCUCCUCUGACCAGAUGACCACAGGCACCAAUGAGAACGCUGACAGCAUGACGUCCAUGAGCACACCCUCAGAGCCCGGCAUCUGCCGCUUCACCGCAUCCCCACCCAAGCCCCAGGAUGCCGACCGGGGCAAAAAUGUGGCUGUGCCCAUCCCUCACCGGGCCAACAAGAGUGACUACUGUAACCUGCCCCUGUAUGCCAAGUCUGAGGCCUUCUUCCGAAAGGCAGAUGGGCGUGAGCCCUGUCCUGUGGUUCCACCCCGUGAGGCCUCCAUCCGGAACCUGGCUCGAACCUACCACACCCAGGCUCGCCACCUGACCCUGGACCCUGCCAGCAAGCCCUUGGGCCUCCCACACCCAGGGGCCCCUGCUGCCGCCUCCACAGCCACCUUACCUCAGAGGACUCUGGCCAUGCCAGCUGCCCCAGCUGGCACAGCCCCCCCAGCACCUGGACCCACCCCUGCCGAGCCCCCUGCUGCCCCCAGUGCUGCCCCUCCGGCUCCCAGCACCGAGCCUCCGCGGUCCGGGGGCCCACACACCAAAAUGGGGGGCUCCAGGGACUCACUUCUCGAGAUGAGCACAUCGGGGGUAGGGAGGUCUCAGAAGCAGGGGGCUGGGGCCUACUCCAAGUCCUACACCCUGGUAUAGGGGCACACCGAGAACAGCAGCACUACGCUUGGACCUGUCUGCACCUCCAGCCCUCAAUCACCAACUUGGCUGUUUUCCUGCAUUAUUUAUAUUAAAUUGACAGACAAAAACUAACCAACAAUGAAAAGAAAACCCCCCAAGUCAUGAACGCUUGUACAUAGAACUCUUUUGUACAAAUGAAACUAUUUUCUUCUUCUCCAUGAAGCCAGGGCACAAAGAAUUUGACAGUACAAGUCAAACCCUUCCACCCCACAAAAUAUGCGUGGAGAGAUAUAUACAUAUAUAGAGAUAUAGGAACACAUCAACAAACUAUAUAUCUAUAUAUUUCUCUCACCUUAUUUUGAGACAGAGGCACAAAGACUCAGCAAUUUUUCCUUCCUCCUUCACCCUCCCUCCAAUCUAGGUGGUUUUGACAAAGACCAAAAUCCCAACUCAGAGACAUUGCAUGCGAUUUUACUGUUCCAAGAAAACCAGGAGUUGCUUCAAUUUGCAGAUGCUUAUGUGUUAAUACCUUUUUCUAUGAAAAAAGACCCAGCGCCGUGUGCA